AUGCCAUCCACGAAGCUGCAUCUCAAGGAGACUCCGGCAGAACGGCGAGAACGUGACUUGCGCCGAGCCAGGAAAGCCUCAAAGAGAAGACGACCCGCACCUGAGGACACCUCGAGCGACGAGGCGGGGCCAUCCAGCGGCAAGCGGCAGCACACCAACUCUGCGCCCUCCGGUGCAAGCUACCCCUAUGUAUUCUUCGACGACGACGAUGGCGAGUAUGGCCCUCCACCACCGCCACCGGCCUCGUCGCACCGCGCGCAUAAGCCAGACUACGACCGCAUCCUAGCGGAGCUCGAGGAGGCGCGCUUCCGCGAGAAGAUGUUCGGCGCGCUGGAGGAGGACGAGCGGCUCGAUGGGCUCGAGUCGCGCUUGAAUGACUACGCGCAUAUCCCAAGGAGAUGGCGCGGCGGUGGGAUGGACAGGAUGGACGACGAGCGGGGCAUGGACCCGAACGUGAUGGAGGAUGAGGACUAUGCGGAGUGGGUCCGGGAAGGGAUGUGGAGACGGAAGCACGCAGCAGAGUAUGAAGAGCAAGAGAAGCAGAAGGCGGAGCGCGCCGCCCGGAAAGCGCGCGAGCGGGCUGUCCGGGGCGAGACCAAACGCAUGGGGCGUGAAGAGGAGGAGAACCGGCGGCGGCGACGGCGAAGCAGGGAGCGCAGGCGAGUGACAGAGGCCCGCGACAUGUACGACGCUCGGUGGAAAGACCUGGUCGGACCGUCGGCAGGAACGGACAGUCCAAUGCGUUUCGCGGACAUCCCGUGGCCCGUUCUACCUCCUGAACUCUCCGGUCGGAGAACGAAGGAGCUGACCAUGGACGACCUCACCGUUGAGACGAUCUCCGCGUUCUUGUUGAUACAGGACGACUCCGAGGCUGGGAAGAAGGAGCGGAAGGACAAGCUACGGGAAACGAUGCUGCGCUUUCAUCCGGACAAGUUUGAGGGCCGGAUAUUGAAGCUUGUCGCGGAAGACGAGCGAGAGAUUGUCAUGGAGGCGGUGGGCAUCGUCGUGCGCGCGGUCAGCGGACUCAUGGGUGACGGGAAGUAG